AUGGACUACGAAUUUUGUUCUUGUGGGGCUAUUCUGCCGUUUCCAACGUCCGCACCGUCAGUGCUUGUUUGUGUGGUCUGCCAUGCGAAACACACAAUUAAAGCAGCAAAAAAUAAGCUGAUAUACAGGACCGAGAAAGUUUACAAUGACACUAUACAUAACGAUCUUGAAGAACAAAGUAAAGCCGAAGACCCGGUUGUAGAAAAAAUAUGUGAUAAAUGUGGCCAUGAUAAGAUGAGUUACACUUGCCGUCAAACGCGUUCAGUCGAUGAAGGCCAAACUGUUUAUUACACUUGUUUGAAAUGUAAGUAUAGCAUUGUUGAAAAUGCAUAA